CCCCAGACACAUCUUCCAACAGCUGUGUUCCAUCCAGACACAGCAGCAGUCUGACAUGACUCACUUGUUGGAUUCCAACCACUGACCCUCCAAUGCUGAAGAAAGACACUGUAUGCUGAAAAUCUUUGUUGGCUUUAAGUUUCCCUCUCUUGGAUUGUGACUGUGACAGAAAAGCAUGACAGCUGCUGUAAAGGUUUUCUUCAUAUGCUGUCUACUUCAAGGUAGCUUAUGCCAACACUGGGACGCCCUCAUGCCGCAGACAGUGGAAGGACUGAGUGGAUCCUGCGUGAUCAUCCCCUGCAGUUUCACUUUGCCCUCAGAAUGGGAUCAGUACCUGGAUGAAUCAUGUAAAGCCAUAUGGAGGAGAGGCAGCUGGAGCCGAACGCAGGUGUUUGAUUCCAGCCUCACAGGAGACAGCGCGAGCUUAAACAUUCUGCAAGGAAAUCUUAUUGGGAUCCUGCGUGACAAAGACUGCACCACUAUCUUCAGCAACCUGCCUUCCAACCAUUAUGACAACUAUUACUUCAGGCUGCAGUGUGACAACGCGCUGAAGUUUAACUUUCAAACAAGUGUCCUCAUCACCGCUCAAGAUUCACUGCCUAGACCUGCAGUAAAUCCAUCCAGGCUGGAGGUAGAGGAAGGAACUCCGGUGACGCUGAGCUGCUCCACUGCUGCUCCUUGUCCAGUUCUUCCUCCAGUUCUGACGUGGACGCCCAGUGUAGGUGACACUGUCGAGGAUAUGGACGCUAAAACUGCCUCCUCAGUUAUGAACUUCACUGCUUCUUACCUGCACAAUGGGCAGAAGUUCUCCUGCACUACUCUCUACAACAGACAGGCUGGCAACAGCGACCUUCUGUAUGAAAGAAGUUCAACUCUACGUGUCCUUUAUCCGCCACAUAACACAUCUGUCAGUUACUCUGGUCCUGUAAAGGAGGGCAGUUCAGUGAUUCUGACCUGCAACACCAACGCAAAUCCAGCUGUGGACACUUACGUCUGGUACAAAGUGGAUGGGGAGCAGGCGACAGCAGUUGGAUCUAAGAAGAGACUCACAACCACAGUCUCUGAAGUGGACAGCAGCUUUUACUGCAAAGUCAGUAACAAAUAUGGAGCCCAGAACUCCUCCAUCACUCAGAUAGACGUCCAGUUCUCUCCCAAGGAUACAGCAGUAACCGUCGACCCCGCUGGACCAAUCCUGGAGGGCAGCUCAGUUUCUCUGCUCUGUAAAAGCCGAUCCAACCCUCCAGUGACUAACUACACCUGGUUCAGAGAUGAUGAAGUGGAUGAGGAGUCUGGACCGAUCUUAGUCAUUGGCGGGGUCGACCCCAGCCACAGUGGUAACUACCACUGUGCAGCAAAAAAUGACCUGGGAGAGGAAACGUCAGCAGUGAUUCAACUGGACAUUCAGUAUCCCCCUAAGAACACCUCGUUGUCAGCAGAGCCGUCUGGUCCGGUGCAGGACGGCAGCCCUGUGACUCUGACCUGCACAAGCAUCGCCAAUCCAGCAGCAGUUAACUUCACCUGGUUCAGAGUAGCUGGAAGAGAAAAGGAGGUGGUCGCCUCUGAGCAAGAUUUCACCUUCAACGUGACCAAACUCUCAGAGGAUCAAUAUUACUGUGAGGCUCUGAACGUCCACGGAGCUGAAUCCUCUGAGCCAACCAGCAUGGAUGUCACAUUUGCUCCAGAGAUCCUGCCUUCUUCUCGCUGCGUCAAGAUUUUAUCCCAGGUCCGAUGUUCCUGCGACAGCCAGGGGAACCCGCUUCCCUCCUUGGGUUGGCAGCUGGCUGGGGAACCUGUCAAUCACUCUGCUGACAUCCCGAUCCGGGAGGUGGCCCUGGGGAGCAUGACCCUGAGGAGCCUCAUCACCCUGUACCGUCUGGAGGAAGACAUGCCCUCCCUCGUGUGCCUCAGCGUCAACUCACUGGGCGAUGAUAGUUUGGCUUUCAAUGUGUCCUCCAGUGAAACUCAGCUAGGCCUCCAUACUGUGUCUCUGCUGAUUGGCUCUGCAGUGGGAGCACUGGGAAUGCUGAUGGUGUGUGUCCCGCUGCUAAUUUUCUUUUGCAGGAAAAGGAAAGGCAACCUUUCACUUGACAUAGGAUUGGUGGACACUUCAGAACUUUUAGUCACCAAUGAGACCAACUCCUCACAAGUGGAUGUGAUUUAUGCCAAUAAAGUAAUUCUGGAGGAGGAAGAAGGAAAGGCCAAAGAAGAUCCUCUUCACUACGCUGAUGUGGACUUUGCUAAGCCCCAGCCCGGAUCAGAGGGUAAGCUUGUAGAAGGUGAGGUCAGAGGCCUGACUGCCAAGACAGCUGAGUACGCUGAGAUCCGCCUGCACAGCAAAGAAAGUAACGGAGGAGAUGCAAAGGUGGAAGAAACACUAGCAGACACUCAUUUGGGACAAGAUGUCAGUGGUGUUGCGGGACAGGUCAGUGAAAAGGUGAUUGCUUAACUUUAUGGGAAUUAAUAGCGAAAACACGGGAUUCUGGAUUUUACUGUGUCCCACUUUAGUUUUCAGCUUUCAGCAGAUGCCCAGCUGGUAAUUCUGAGCAGAAAACUUCAUAAAAUGUGCAGCAAUUGAGGUAAAAUCUGCUCUGUAGGCAGCAUCUUACUCCAGAGUAAUGUUACACAAACGUGGUCCCAGCCCAGGUCUUGACUAUUGUCUCUGUAACUCUCCUCUGUCUGUCCUUCUUGAUCUUCUUCACUGAAAAAUGACAUAAAUUUAAAAAUAUAUACAAUAGGUAGCUACCUCAUGAUACAGAUAUCACAAUAAAUCUGUAUGCUGAGGUUCAAUGUUUAACCUGAUUACAUUGUAUAAAUCUUCCCUUUUAACUAUAUGUGAUUUACUACCUUAGAUAAAUACUGUUAUGUUUAUACUGCUGCUGUUUAUAUUUAAUACUCCAAUGCUAACCAUUGACUUACAAUUCUAAAAUGCAGAGUUGUGCAGAGUGAAAGAAGUGGGAUAAAUGUUCACUUUUUAUUAACUCUGUAUGUUUAAAAAAGAAAAAAUAACAACAACAAAACAUAAAUACAGCAUAAUUUCACUGAGAAAAAAAUACCAUAAAACAGUCAUUCUUCUUGCUGUUAAGUUUGCUCAAGUCAAAGCAGGUAAUGAAAUGGAGCCACAUGCAUUGUUAUAUGUAUAUUUCAAACAAUUUUAUAGCACUAUGUGCUAUAAACAAGUCUUAGCAUAGUGAUUGCAGCACAGCUUCACAACAUUAGAGUAAUGUCAUUUUUUUCAGCUUACUAUGUACAUUUUCAUAAACAGUAUUACAAUUUUGUUAUAGUUGUCCCGACUUACAUUUUUAGAUGUGGUGAGUCUGUUUGGUGCUUGCUGCUUCACACAAAUAUACAGGAAAAAGUUGCAUCUGCAAAUUCUAAAACUUACAGCAACUGGACUUGCUUGCAUUUCUUGAUCUCUCACCUAUUAGAUUUCUUCAGUUCUGACAGACUGGUUGGGAGUUUUGGGCAAUUAAAUGGAUAUUUUGGUUGUUUUAAGGACAAGGGACUCUCACUUGAGGUCAACACUGUACACAUUUUGACUAGAGAAGACCAAUAGUACAAACGAGGCGUGAAAGAUAUUAUCUACACCAAACAAAUCACUAAACAGGGCAGGGCUUUAUGACACCACUUAUCAGGCACUUACAAUGCAGUUCUGAUGUCUCACCCAUUCACACCUUUACUCAAAUGCCCAUACAGACUCUCAUGAUUCACCUCAAGGUGCUAAACACUCCACAGGAGCUUUAUGGCAUAGGACACGAGAAAGUCCAAUGAAAGUUGGCAAACAUCCCACCUGUGGAUCUAUAAGUGCCCUAAACUCCAACAAAAACAAAAACAAACCGAAACAAAACAAAACAAAACAAAACAAAACAAAACAAAACAAAACAAAACAAAACAAAACAAAACAAAGCAAAACAAAGCAAAACAAAGCAAAACAAAACAAAAAACAGAGCCUGUACUAGAUCAGAUCAAACAAAAGAAAGUCAUAAAUUUAUGAAGGACAAAAUGUAUAUCACUGUCCAGAUACAUAUUUUUAACUUCCAAAUCAGAUAAAACAGCUUUAACCAUUCGUAAUAUUACAAAACAAAUACACACACACAGAAAAAAAAAUCACACUGGAUUGAGCUGGAUGAUAGACCCAAAAAUGUUAGGAGCAACUUACAGCAUCAGGAUCAACAAAACCAACAACUGAUACGCUCAAUCAGGGGUAGUAAAAGAAUAUACUGAAGAAAUACUGCUAGUGAUUAAAAAUAUACAAAAUAUAAAUAACAAAACAAUUAUGAGGAUGUAACAAAACCUUCAUUCAGCGUUCCACAGGUUUUCAUUUUAGUUAAAUCCAGCUGCUUCACACUGUGAAUGAUGACCAGUUAAACAGUCAGCAACAGUCAAACAAGCAUUUUGGAUUAGACAGUGAAACAUCUGCCAUAAAUUCAAGCAAGUCCAGUUGCCUUCAUCUUAGAUAUGCUACUAACAUUAUGACUGAUUAUGGGCAUAGUUCAGCUGUGAUGUCAGAUUUUGACCUGAGAGUACUGAGUCUCAUCUUCAGAGCUGGUGGAGUCGCUGCUGGUGUCACUGCUGGAUCUCUGGUGUCCAAGCUUUGGCCUGAAGUUCACUUGAGAAUAGUUGACCUCCACUUCAUCUUCACUGGUGUCUGAGUCCGAGUCAGAUAGAUCUGGAAGUCUGGCUGCACAUACUGAACUGACGUUCUCAUAGUCCGGCAGUCUUUCCAUCUGUUUGUCAAAGGUAGCAGACAAGAUUGUUUGUGUUGUAAUUCAUGGAUUUCACAGCAACAUCUAUACAAAACCCACAUUUUAUUGUUGUGAGGACUUGAAAUUGUGCUUGUUACAAAAAAUUACUUUAAAAAAAAUGCAACAUACAGUACUAUAAUGCAAUAAAAUGAAUAUGAUGCAUGGAAUGAAUGUAGUUUAGAAAAGUUUCUGACCUCAUUAGAUGCCUUUGCUUUGGACACCUUUGCAUACACAACAUCCUCUUCUGGUUUCCUAGAAACAAAAAUCAUUAGAAAGUCUCCUUUGUAAUAAUAUAUUUCUUAUUAUCCAUUUACAUGCAAACAUAAAUUCUUACUUUUGCUUAUUCCCAAAGUGCAAAGAGGCAUAGUUGAGGGAAUCAUUCGCCAAGUGUGCAUCAUGCUUUUGCUUUGGCAUUGGUGCAGAGGGAGCCUGAGCAGACGAAGACAGAAGACAUCAGUGGACGGACAGUAAUAAGUGAAUCAGUUCAUUCAUGCUUUAAAAUGAAGGCUGCAGGUUGUCCAUUGAUGCAUUGCUCCACAAUGCAGAGUGCUGUACUGACAGAUAUCUAUUGAGAGGACACAGCUACAGCACACAGAGGGAAAGGCUUAAUCAGUCAAAGACUCAUCCGGUUUGUAUAAUAGAGCUUUAAAAAAAUAAAGCUUUUAGGAGACUGAAUCCAGCACAAAAGAACACUGGCACUGGCAGAAAGUGUUAUCUUUUGGUGCACAUCUGGAUCAUAAACCUUCAUUAUCUUUAGUGGAGGGUGUGCUGUCCAAGUGCUUGUCUAGUUUACUGUUCGUGUUAGAUUGAAAGUGCAUGAAGCUUCUGAUGUCCUCAUAGUUAAAUUGUUGUUAAAUGUGAUUGUGGCUAAAAUUUAAUUUCAGUGUGCAACAUGAAAAAAAACAACAACUUGUUUGGAUUUUGGGGCUUUACAUAAAUAAAAAAUGGCAAAUUUUAAAAUGAGAGAUGGUAAUGUAGAGAUAAAUAUGAGGGACAUGUUUCAAUGAUCAACAGCAGAUCUGUAUCUAUUAUCACUUAGUUUUUUAAAAAAUUAUAAAAAUCAAUGACAAUUUCUUUGUAUUUUGAAGGUGACUUCACAUAAUCAAAUUUUAGGUUUUUAUUCACAAAUUUGUUUUUAAAAUGCACAAUAAAACCAGUGACGCACUUAACAUUUGCUCACUAAAACAUAACUGAAAUAUGAAGUUUUUUUUUUUUUUAAAUUUAUUUAAGUAGUUAUUUGUGUGUGUGUGUGUGUGUGUAGCUGUUUUCAGAAAAAAGUUGCAUUGUAUUGAAGUUGGAACAUUUUGGAUGAUUUGGAUGAAAAAGGUUGAAAAAGUCCAUCCAAAAAUACUGUAGCAGAGGCUGAAAUAUCCUAAAUGUACCUGUAUAAACGCUUCAUAGCAUUUUCUUCACAGCUGUAGCUUUCAUUACACCCCUUUCGCCUGGUUACUACCCAUAUCUUUCCCACACACGUUUCCAGCUCUGCCUUUCUGCUACAAAUCUGAUCUUUCCAAGCCAAAGCUUAGAUAACCAUGAAAACUUUACCACUUAUUGUUUACCAGAGCCACAGAAGACAUUUUACGACCGUUUUAAUAGACAUGAUGUGUAAAAUCAGUUGACUGUCUCUUUAAUAAAGACCAAGACACAUAAAGUU